AUGUAAUUCAUCAAAAAUCUUCUUGGUUAAUGUUAGGGUGGUAAUGAUUCAAAACAAGGAGACCCGAUAGAAAAAUAAAAUAAUCAGAAACAUAAUAAAAGGAAUGAAGAAAAUUAUAAUGAUUAAGCCAAUUCCGAAAGUGAUGCGAAAUCGGAUGUCAAGACGAGUGGAAGUAAGAAAAAUUCACGAUCAUCAAGUGCUGAAAAAUAAACACAAUAAUAAUAAAAUUAUAACUAAAAUUAAAGCCAGGAUCAGGGUCAGGUUUUAAAAAUCGAAUCCGACAAAUAAUUUAUUCAAAAAUCAACUGAAUCACAAAAUUUACCUUCCUAAUCAUUAUAACAUAUUUCAAAGAUUGUAAUGGAAGAUUAUCAAAAAGAACAAAAUAAAGAUAAUUAUAUUAAUCAAAUUUAUUCUUAUAAUCAAACUAAUGAAUAACUCAAAUAAAAUUUGAAUCAAGCAAAUCAAAACUUAUGUAAUUCUUAAAAUCAAGAUACUCAAAGUCUACAUAAUUCUUAAAAUCAAGCAUAUUAAAAUUUAAAUUAUUAUAGAAAUCAAACACAGUCUUAAAUUAGAUGUUAGAAUAGUCCUAAAAGAUCUAUUCCCUAUAAUCAAAGGAUGGAUCCAAACUAAAAUAUCUAUGCACAAUAAAUAAAUGAUUAAUAAUUUAAUUAGCAAAACUUCUAAGGGCCAUCCUUAAAUACCAUUUAUUUUCCUUAGUUUGAAAAUAAAAAAAUUAAGAUUUUGCACAACGCGAACCAAAAUGCUAAUUAAAAUAUUUACUAACCACCUACCUAUCAAAUGCAAGAAUUCGAAAAUGUUAACAAUUACUACAAAAUUAAUAAUAAUAAGAAUGAGUCCUAACUCUAGAGUCAAGUAAGAUAAAGUAACUAAAGCUCCAAUAAUUAAAAUUCUAAUAUAUAAAAUUCUAAUUUUUACAAUUGCUAAGAAAAUUUAUCAUAUGCAUAAACUUAAUUGGUAAAAUGCUUUUAUUGUAGCAAGGAUGUUCAUAAAUAAUAUAUCUAAUUGAAUUGUCAGCAUUUCUUUUGUUCAGAUUGUUUGAAAGAAUUUUUGAAAAAUCAAUCAAAAUAACCUAAUUGUUAUGCCUACAAAUGUCUUUGCUCAUGUGUAAUCAAAUUAUAAGUAUUGUUUAAAGAGAAAGAGAAAGAUGGAGAAGUAACAAUGUUAAAAGAAAAAUUAAUUAAUAAUUAGCUCAAUGCACUUAGAAAAAAUAUAGAGCAAAAAUAUAAACUGAAAACUUGUUGCAACAUAUAACGUUGUUCAUUUUUCGUAAUACUUCAACAAAACUUAGAUCAAAAAUGUUUCUAUUGUCCAUAAUGCUUAGAAAGAUAGAGAGAUUGA